AUGGCGUCCUCGCGCCAGUACCAGAUCCCGCAUACCCCGCGCGUUAUAUCACCGUCGCCGACACCCUCUGAGACGAGGAGCGAAGAUGGGUAUUUUGGACCGGUAACGCGGUCUGCGGCGCGCAGACAGCGCCUGCAGUCGCCGCCGCCCAUCGACGAGGACUCGUCAGGCUCGGAUCCAGAGAAGAGGGCGCGGGCUAGGAGCCGGAGUCCCAUUCUGGAGGGGAGGAGGAGACGGAUGAGCGGGCUGACGGCGAAGAGGCAGAUGAACGGAAAGAGCAAGAAGGCGGAGCUCACGCUGCCGAAUGGGACGGCGAAUGGCCAUUUGUCGCCCGCGGCUGCGAAUAAGAAUUACUGGCGGGAGAUGAGCAGGAGUCCGAGCCCGCUCGGUUUAAUCCCUAUACAUCAGAAGUGGCGGUCAUUUAUCCACCGACACGAAAUCCCCCGCAAGAUCCUACACGUCUCCAUCGGCUUCCUCACAAUCGCACUCUACUGCACAGGGCGACAAGCGGAUCAGAUACACCCCGUCCUCCUCACAUUGCUCAUCCCCAUCGCCGCGACCGACGUCAUCCGCCACAGAUACUGGCAGGUGAACCGCUUCUACAUCCGCUGCCUCGGCGCACUCAUGCGGGAAUCCGAAGUCGAUGGGUGGAACGGCGUCAUCUCCUACCUCCUCGGCACAUGGAUCGUGCUCCGCUUCUUCCCCAAGGACAUCGGCGUCAUGAGCGUCCUGCUGCUGAGCUGGUGCGACACGGCAGCCUCGACUUUCGGCCGCCUCUGGGGCCACCGCACAUGGCGCGUACGAAAGGGCAAGUCCCUUGCUGGGUCCAUCGCAGCCUGUGUGACCGGUAUCAUUACUGCUGCGUUGUUCUGGGGCUGGCUCGGCCCUCUCAUGUCCGAGUAUCACACGGGCGAGAACGCGUUUGCGUACCAGGGCGCGCUUGGUCUUCCGGCUCGGGCUCGCGAGGCCUUGGGCUUAUCCGUCGCUCAAAGCUCCAUCACUGGCUAUUUUGCUCUGGGUGCCAUGUCUCUCUGGGCAGGCAUUGUCGCCAGCGCCAGCGAGGCCAUUGAUCUUUUCGGCUGGGACGACAACCUUACCAUCCCCGCUCUGUGCGGUGUAGGACUCUGGGGCUUCUUGAAGGUCUUCGGAUGA